GCCCUGAUGCCUUAUUCAAUUAUUGUCACCGCUCUCCAGCCAUGCACUGUGCCUUCUGACUCCCAUUGCCCACAUGAGUCAGUCAGAGGAGGCUGAGUGUCCACCAGGACAUGGUCUAAGGGCACGAGCCACCGUGUUCCACAUGCAAAGACGAAAACAAGUACAGAGAGAACAAGGCGGACCCUCAAAGUCUUCCUGGCAACCUCACCAUCUACUGGACCACUGGCCGGAUGCCAACAAGGAGGAGGGACAUGAGGGGUCCAGGAGGUUCCUCUAGUUGACUGGCAAAGAGAAGCUGGUUAGCGGGGAGGAUAAGCCAGGAGGAAAAUAGAGUGGGCAUUCCCAUGCACUGCGGAAUGGCAUCACCGCUGCCCUGGCUGUACAUUAUUUUAUGGGUAGAGAACGCCCUAGGGAAACUUGAAGAUGAAGGAAACUUCUACCCAGAGAACAUCAGUCGGAUCCUGGACAACUUGCUGGAAGGCUAUGACAAUCGGCUCCGGCCGGGAUUUGGAGGUGCUGUCACUGAAGUCAAAACAGACAUUUAUGUGACCAGUUUUGGGCCGGUGUCAGAUGUGGAGAUGGAGUACACCAUGGAUGUUUUCUUCCGCCAGACCUGGACGGACGAGAGACUGAAGUUCGGGGGGCCAACUGAGAUCCUAAGUUUGAAUAACUUGAUGGUCAGUAAAAUCUGGACACCUGACACUUUUUUCAGGAAUGGCAAAAAAUCAAUUGCUCACAACAUGACAACUCCUAACAAACUCUUCAGAAUAAUGCAGAAUGGGACCAUUCUGUACACUAUGAGGCUUACCAUCAACGCUGACUGUCCUAUGAAGCUGGUUAACUUUCCUAUGGACGGGCACGCUUGCCCACUCAAGUUUGGGAGUUAUGCCUACCCUAAGAGUGAAAUCAUAUAUACGUGGAAGAAAGGACCACUGUACUCAGUUGAAGUCCCAGAAGAAUCUUCCAGCCUCCUCCAGUAUGAUCUGAUUGGACAAACAGUAUCUAGUGAGACGAUUAAAUCGAACACAGGUGAAUACGUAAUAAUGACAGUUUAUUUCCACCUGCAAAGGAAGAUGGGCUACUUCAUGAUACAGAUAUACACGCCUUGCAUUAUGACCGUCAUUCUCUCCCAGGUGUCCUUCUGGAUUAAUAAGGAGUCUGUCCCUGCCAGAACGGUCUUUGGGAUCACCACUGUUCUAACCAUGACCACUCUGAGCAUCAGUGCCCGGCACUCCUUGCCAAAAGUGUCUUAUGCAACCGCCAUGGAUUGGUUCAUAGCUGUUUGCUUCGCUUUCGUCUUCUCUGCUCUUAUUGAGUUUGCAGCUGUCAACUACUUCACCAACCUCCAGACACAGAAGGCCAAAAGGAAGGCGCAGUCUGCAGCCUCGCCCCCAGUGACAGUGCCCAAAGCCACCGAGCGCUUGGAAGCCGAGAUUGUCUUGCAUCCUGAUUCCAAGUACCAUCUGAAGAAAAGAAUCACCUCCCUGACCUUACCGAUAGUUCCACCCUCCGAGGCCAGCCACGUCCUCACCAGAGUUCCCGUCUUACCAUCAACUCCCAUCACUCCCCCGCCGCUCUCCCCAGCCUUUGGAGGCACCAGCAAAAUAGAUCAGUACUCUCGGAUUCUCUUCCCAGUCGCGUUCGCGGGAUUCAACCUUGUGUACUGGAUAGUCUAUCUUUCCAAAGACACAAUGGAAGUGAGCGGCGGUGUCGAGUAGCUUGCAGACAGGGCACCCUGUCUUAUACGAGUUCUCAUUUUCUGAAUUUUGUUUUAAAAAAUAGCAUUGAGACUUGUGUAGAUGCUUUUCCAAAUAUGAAAUCAAAAUUGAAAAUCUGUAACGCAGAGUUUUCGGUAAGCAGAUAUGAGCCAAAAAGCGAUAAUAUUACUCCUCAAAAUUGGGAGUGGAAGGUUGCUAAAAUGUAUGACUGUGGCUGGUGGGCACAAAAUAAAAUAUAUAGAUCAUGUAUCAUAGGAGUAUAUACUUGAAACCUAUGUGAUCUUAUUACCCGAGUCACCCCCAUAAAUUUAAUAAAGUAUGACUUUGGUGUACAUUAGAGAGAAACUUUAUAAGAAGGUAAGAUUGAUGCAAGGUGAAUUUGCCAGUCUUCAUUCUUCCUUGUUCAAUAUUUGAAAUGUCACUGUGAAUAGCAUAUACCACAACGCAGACAAAAUAAGAAAGGCUGACAAUUCCAAAGGUUGCCUUAAAAUAUAUUUAUUUUGGCUUAAUUUUCAAGAGAGCAAAAUAUAAAUAGUGUGAAUAUUUACCGGUAGGUCACUACCAGCAUGGGGGAGGCCUUUACGCUAGUGAAGUGGCUUUCAGUGGCACCGCAGAGCCUGUGUUGAGCUUAGCCGUUUGUUUUAACCUUGCUGCGCUAUUUUUCCUCAAUGAAGUAUGCUGUUUAUAUACAGACGAGUUACACACCAAUUAUAAAUUAUGUGUGCAUAUGUACAUAGCUUUAGUUGGGCUGCAGUACCACAUUGCUUUAUCUUGUUAGGCUUUCCUUUUAAAAUAAUCUGUUCAUUAUAAUUCCAUGAAGUUAUGGGAAAAAUAGUGAUUAGAGGGAAGCCUUGUGUAUUAUGACUAUGAUCAUAUCCUGUAUUUUCUACCUUUCUGGGUAUACUGCUAAAUAAAACAACAACGAACGCGGUUAUCUGGCUGUCUAAUAAAGCAAGGGGGCGGAGUUCCCUUAAGUACAGAGAAAGGAGGUGGCUACCUCCCCCCCAAUGUUAGUGUCCCCGGUGAUUCUACCAGGUACAAGAGAGGGAGGGCCAAGCUCAGUCAGAGACAUGGAAAUAAAGAACAAACUGAUGGAGACCAGAGUGGGGGGUAGUGGACAAUGGGAGAAAGAAAGGGAAGGGUUAAGUGAGGGAACAUGUAUAAAGGACCCAUGGACAAAGACAAUGGGGGGGGACUGAAUGUGGGAGGUGGUGGUGGGUGGGGCAGGGGAGAGUGUGUGUGGGGGGGAUGGGGACAACUGUAACUGAACAAAAAUAAAAAAAGACAGACUUGGGUUUAUACCCAAAUAGUCAAUCCUCCAUCUCCUUUCUGUUCACUCACGCACUUUUAGUUAUAAGAUAAAUAAGGUCUGAGGAUCUAAUGUGCAACGUGAUGGCUAUAGUUGUAAUGUUGUAUUGAAAUUUGGUAAGAGAAUAGAACUUCGACGUUCUCACCAAAAAGAAAAGAAGGCAAGUACGGGUAUGUAAGGCGAUGCAGAUGUUAACUAAAUCAACGAGGGAAAUCAUUUCACAAUGUAUAUGUGUAUCAAAUCAUCAUGCGUGCACUUGCAAUAUCUUGGAAUUUUGUCUGUCAGUUACACAUCCAUAAAGUUGAAAAAUCCUUUCAACUC